AUGGCUGAGUCAACUUUGGGCAACAAUACUCAUGUGGUCUUCCUGGUAGGACCUGAGGAAGUUGCCAUUGUGACCACGAGAGACAUGUUGAUAAAUCAAAGCCCUGUCUUCCGUGCCAUGCUUUGUGGUCCCUUGGCGGAGAAAGGCGAGAUCAAAAUACCAGAUGUAGAGGAAGCGGUAUUUGCUAUAUUUGUGGGUUAUCUCAAUACAGGAAAAUGUGAAGAGUUGCCAGAAAACGUUGGUGAUUUGCUGUACUUAGCCGAGAAGUAUGACAUUGAGAAUCUAUCAAACCUAUGUGUUUCGCAUCUUGAAAACAACGUAUGCCCUGAAAAUGCAUCCGAUGUAAUGCAACUUAUGGUAAUGUUUGACGAAGGCAGUCUCCUCUAUCACAAAGCCAUGCUUAUCAUCAUUGAAAGCAUUACACAUAGUGCGGUUCCUUCUGGGUUUAAAGAUCUCUCUCCCGAAUUGUUUGACGGGAUCGUAUGUUCCCUGGAUCUCGAUAUCAAUAUCGAAAACGUGUUGAGCGCUGUGUCGGCAUGGGCAGAAGCGGAAUGCAAUCGAAAGGAUUUGGAAGUAACAUCAGACAAUAUACAGGCAGUCAUAAUGGGCACAUCGUCUGUUCCUGAAACUCAUCAUAUCACUUUCUCGCCUCCAGUAGGAUGGAUAUCCUUGCAAAGUUCUCAUGACGCCGUAUUUCACUCUCUAAAAUGUUACGUUUCUCGAAAAGAAACAAGCUUCGGCCAUAUUGAGGUGGGAGUUUUGAGGAACAGUGAAAUAGUGUAUCUCCUUAACAUGCAAGUAACGAUACCGCCAAGUUCUGAUGAAAACGGCAUUGUCACCGUCCCUUUUUCAAAGCCAGUUUUUAUCAAACGGGAAAACUUACACUAUGUGCAAGUCAGGAUAAAAGGAGGUGGGGAAAUACAAAAAAACAAAAUGAAAUCCACCAUUCUAUCUGCAGGUUAUGCUUUCGUCAUUUCGCCAAUGCCACUACGAGUAAGAACGGGCUUGAUAGCCAGCAUCACCUUCAGUGAUGGGGCAUUGUGGCAACAGUGGCAUCAGAAGCGUAACUUGGCUUCAGCGAUCAAUCGUCAAAACCUUGCCAUUGAGUGAAUACGUCCAAAUAAACGGACACCUUAUCCAUAGUUGUCCGCACACACCAGACACAUCGCGUCCAAUAUCAUUCCACUUAUUUAGCGACGUGCAUGUGUGUGUGUGUGUGUGUGUGUGUGUGUGCUGGUCCGGACUGAUUCCGAAACAUAGUGCUAGCCCACUGAGAC